AUGCCGUUGGACAGCUCCUUGUUAUCGCUAUCAGACUUGCUGCCGCCGACGGGCUCCGCCUUGCUGCCUGGCGUCCACGUCUGGAGGGACGCGCCCGACGCCAUGCUAGGCAGCGAGAACGGCAGCAGUUUUGUCUCGGACUCGUGCCACUGCGCGACAAAGGGCUGGUGCAUGGUGACUAUUGUUGUGGCGUCUACGCCCUUGAGGGUCUCGUUCCCUGGGCUGGGAGCGAGGCUGGUCGGUGUGCUUUCACAGCGCUGUGAUGGCAGAUUAGGCUGUCCAUACGCGGCAUAUGUAAAGCCACUAUAUAACAAUACCCAUUUGACCGAAAGGAAGGCAUUUUUACCUGGCGCAGCAGUGUGCCUGGGUAUGUGCUCGCUGGUCCGUGUCCGAGGACGUCAGCGUGACGCGGUAGUAUACCCAUCCACUUGGACACACGGCCGGGCUGAAGGUAAAGUUGUCGAGAUCCCAGCCUGGCGGGUUGCAAGAGGAGAACUGGGCAUCGGCCGUGUUGGACUGGUAGUACGACCAUGUGUCGACCUGGCCGCUCUCGGAAAAUGUACCUUCGAUGCAACUGCCAACUUCUCAUGUUGGAGGGUCGGAGGUCGGAGGGUACCAAGUCGGUGGGGUGUCGAUAACAUAAAUAACAUUAUGGAUCUGGGGGAUGAUGGGAAUUCUGGAGACUGGGCUGUUCCGGGGAGACUUGGCACUGUCAACAACAGCCCUGGCAUUGUGAGCCAGGUUGGGUGUAAUUUAACAGCACGUGGCGGUAUGGCAAGCAACGAUAGGUUUAGUUACGCCCUGAUGAGCAGCACAGCCGUGAACCCGAAUCGAGAAGGUAUGCAUGUGAGGUUGAACAGUCCGUCUCAUACUUCCGUGCACAAAGGGGGAACGGGCGCAUGCAUCGCAAAGACAAACUUGCUCUACUCAUCGACUGACACCCACCCACUUUCGGACCGCCCCCGCCUUGCUCCCGCAAAUCCACGCUACUUGCCCGUGACAUGGCAAUUCUGGGACGCAAUGGCGAUAUUGACCGCCAUGGCCAGAGCAGCCAUGUGCCCCUGCGUCUGCUCCCUAUACCUUACCUGGCUCCAGCCAAAGGCGAGCUGGUACGGCGCCGCAAAGGCGUCCGUGUACAAGACAUUCGGGUACGAAUACGGCGUGAACUGGUGGUACGCGUACCAGAACAUGGCGCUGAGAAAGUCGGUGGCCUGGGCGUGGGUCGGGUCUGUCAGAGUGUUAAAUGGAAUAGGCUGCGGUGGUAAUACCCGCGAUCUGCCGCGCGACGCUCAGCACACAGCCCUUUCCGUCGCCAAUGUACUUGAUAUUCUCUUUGGGCCCUACGGGCGGCAGGCCACGGCACGGCUUAUGGAUGUUGUUCUUAAACUUUUCCAGGAUAGGCGUCCAGUCUGUGUCCGUCAUGGUCGGGAACCGCGCCUCGUUGACACCCGUGUUGAAGCCGGCCUCAUCGCUGAUGUCGAGGAUCACCAACUCGCCCGGGUGCUCGUCCAUGAAUUGGUUGAUCUGCUCAAUCACCGUGUCGAUCCGCAGGCCACGCCCGCCCUGCGUCGUGGCAAAGUUGGAUUUGUCGGCCCAGACGGACAUGUGGCAGGUAAACGAGCCGUCGUGGCCACCAUCACAGGGGCGUAUGUCGAACCAGCGCGCGCCGCGCAGGAGCUGGCCGUAGAUGUCAAGGUACUGGUUGCGCGUGUUGCCCUCGUUGGCAAGGAUGCUGACCAAGAUGGGACACUCCUGCAGGAUCGAGGGGCGAAGCCCAACAUGUCCUACGAUGGAAAUACCAUCAAAGACUGUACGUGGUGGUAUGACAGUGACGGUAGUGACAGCUGCGUUGACGUUCCAAAGUUGUUUGGGAUCAGCAAUUUUGUAUGGAACCCUUCAAUAACCGCCGACUGUGGGAACUUCGAAACUGGACAGUCGUACUGCGUCGAAGCUGUGGUGGCAACGACGACAAAUCAGCCAACUCCGACGGCGACACCAGUCGGCCCAACAAACGGUAUGCAACUUCAUUGCACUCUUUCUCGCCAACAUUCUCAUUCAACUAAUCGCAGGUAUCGAGACGCCACAGCCAACACAGCCAGAGAUUACGCGAAACUGCAAUCGCUUCCACAAAGUUCAGCCCAACGACACAGCAGUGGAUAUUUGGCGAGUACAAGUUUGCUGGCUGGAGCGUGGUGCACCCGAAUCGAGGCGGACGUCUCUGACGGGGGCAAGGCGAUGAUUGAUAUGACCUACAACGAUGUUUCCAUGCAAAUGAUUGUUAUUUGCAAAAGAGGCGAUGUAUCGAGCGGCAACCUGGGCGGUGUCCUGCGCGCGUCCGAGGUCGGCGUCAGAGCCGACAACUACCGUGGCUACUAUGUCGGCCUCGACAGGGCCGGCGGCGGCGUCGUCAUCGGUCGCACGGAUAAGGAGUGGCGGCAACUGCAAUUUGUACCUGCCACUAUUGGCGACUUUGCCACGCUCAGGGUACAGAUAACGGGCGAUCGGCUCGCCGUCUACCUCAACAACCUGAACCGCCCGCUGACGACACUCAACGACGCCACGUACCGCCAAGGCCAUGUAGGUCUGCGCACGUACAAGAAAGCCGCGAGCAUCGCCGCGCUCGUUGUGUCGCCGCUGGUGUAUGAGGGCUUCGGGGGGCAGCUGGCGGGCUGGACCGUCUACGAUGGCUACUUCAACGCCUCGAGCAAGCUCCUCGUUGGCAAAGGCGACGGCGGCAGCGACGGUGGGGGCAGCGGGAAGGCCACCAUGAACACCAACUUUGCUGAUUUUAUCCUGGAGGCCGAGGUUAUGCUUACCAAGGACGGUCCUGGCACGGCGGGCGUAUUGUUCCGCGCGUCGAGCCUAGGCCGCGGGCUCAAUGUGUACAAGGGAUACUAUGUCGGCUUGGCCUCGGACGGGACCAUGGCGCUCGGGCGCGGGGACGGCAAGACCUGGACGGGGAUUCAGAGCACCAAGGUAGAGGCCAAGGUGAAUCACCCGUACCGAAUCAAGGUGCAGGCUGUUGGGUCAAGGAUUGAGGUCUAUUUCGAAGACAUGGCAAAGGCAUUAAUGGUGACGACGGACGCAAGCGAUGGUAGUGGGAUGGUCGGCGCGCGUCUUGACAACUCGACGGCCAUUUUCUACAGCUACACAGUAGACGAAGAUAGGCACCUCCGCCUUUGUUUUCCAUUCGCCUCAUCGGCGGUGCUUGGCUGCUGCGCUCAAUGGACCAACUCUCCCCUGUUGGCUGAUGAGGCUGUGCCUGCGGAGUAUUGUUGUAGCGGAAUCCGACCUGAGCCCAUUCGAGCCAUCGCGAUGGAAGCCUCGAAGAAACCCACGGCUGAGACCGCAGACUUUGCUUCCUCAGCACAGAAAGGCAAGCUUCAUUCUUCAAUCUCAUCCCAACUCUGGCUCGUUUUUUCUGAACUGAAUCAUGAGCGAAUCACCAAUGAAGCGAAUGCUUUGAAGCUAAUUUCCGAACAAACAUCAAUUCCCGUGCCAAGACUACUUGAUCAUGGAGAAUUACCGGAUGGCCGGCGGUAUCUGGUCACGGAGUUCAUUGACGGUCCAACCCUAAUGGAAAUGGGCUCACAAUGCUGCUUGAGACCGGCAGGUCAAAAACACACGGAAGAAAAACCCUGUAAGACAUGCUUGCACCAAGCUUACUCGAAUGCUCUCGAUUUUAUCGGGACUAUUGUCCUUCCGCAACUUGCAGAUCUGAGGUCUCACCACCGUGGGAUCAAUGGAUUUGUCAUGCCCCCUUCUUGGCUUACUCCGGAUGCCCAGCCUCCGUGGAAAGGCAAAAAAUCGUUCAAGACUCUUCCCUCGAAGAAUGCGGAAUAUGUUUUUCAACACGGUGAUAUCGCACCCCAAAAUAUCAUCAUCAACAGACAAACCCUUCAAGUCGAGGCCUUAAUCGAUUGGGAGCACGCUGGGUACUUUCCACCGGGAAUGGAAAGGUGGCCCGGAACACUGGACAUAGGUGCGUACAGAAAACGGGCUGAUGGUCAGGCGGAUGCAAUUUCAAAGUUUCUUCUCGACGAAUACUUGGAAUGCUACGAAGAGUGGACCGAUAAAAAUGAGCUGCAGAAGUUGGUUGACGCUGGGGAGCUUCCCGAUCCUGGCCGACAGAUGGAAAAGAAGGAAAGAGACAAAGUCAGAUCAAGAUAUACGAUUUUAAAGAAUGUGGUUGUGGAUGUCAUUGGAUUGGACGCACUGGGUGUGCUGAGCAAAUCAAGCUCGCUUGUCCUGCUUUGCCGUCUGCGCUCCAUAUCUUGUGUGCCAACGCCUAGCGGAGGCGACGUGCGCUGUCCUCGGGCGUAUUCCGACCCCGACAGGGCGAGGAAGCUGGCGGAUCUUGUCCAUGACUCUGCCAAAGUCAUUUCCCUGCUUCUUUGGGCGUCUAUUGAGAGCAACGAAGCCCCAAUUGUCCAUGGUUGUGCCAAGGCCGAGCCGUUCCACCAGUCAGUCAUUGCUUCUUUCCACAGCAGAUUUUCUUCCCGCGCGCAAAAGGAAUUAAAAGCCAUCCCUGGCAGAAGGUGCAGCUUGGAUGAAAACCAGCGCCACUGUAGUUUAUUAUCUACGACGAAGGCAGUUUCCCAAACUCAAGCAAGCAAGUUAUGUGUUCGCAUGAAUCGGCGGGACCCAGUACUCUCUAUUUAA